AAGAUUACAGAAUAUCCAAGUUAAACAGUCCACAAAAAGCAGGUGAAUUGGUAGGUGAAGGGUAUCGUGUUUGUGUAUAAAAGGAACAUCCACCAACUCUGUCCUUGCAAGCAAAGAUGGUUCACGGCUCACCACUUUAUUCCAAAUUUCAUGAGAGAAUUGCCAAAUAAUUCAAAACUCACAUUUCUCAAUGCAAGAUUGCAAAGUAUUUAGGUCUUUCACCGUCUACCAUACAUAACAUUGUGAAAAGAUUCAGGGAAUCCAGAGAAAUCUGGAUAUGUUUAGGGCAAGGCAGGAAACUUCUGUUGAAUGUGCGUGACCUUCGAGCCCUCAGAUGGCACUGCAUGAGAAACCAUCAUGUUACUGUGUUACAGCCACAUGGGCUCGGGUAUACUUUAGAAAACCGUUGUCACUUAACACAGUCUGCCGCUGCAUCAAGAAAUGCAAUUUGAAUCUCUGUUACACAAGGAUAAAGCUAUACAUCAAUUCUAUGCAGAGAUGGCGCCGAGUUCUCUGGGUCCGAGCUCAUCUCAGAUGGUCUAAAAGACACAAAUGUGUGCUGUGGUCAGGCGAGUCUAUGUUUCAGCUUGUUUUUGGAAAAAACAGACAUUGAGUUCUUAGUCCCAAAGACAAAAGGGACCAUCUAGACUUUCAUCAGCAACAGGUACAAAAGCAAACAUCUGUCAUGGUAUGGAGGUGCAUCAGUGCAAACGGCAUUUGCAUAUGUGUGAAUAUGCAAAUGUACAUAUACUGAUAUCAAGAUGACAUCUUUCCUGGGAAGCAAGACAAUGCCAGGCCUCAUUCUGCAUGUGCUACAUCAGAGUUUCGUAGACACUCUUCACCAGGGGUGUCCAAACUCGGUCCUGGAGGGUCACUGUGCUGCAGAGUUUAGCUCCAACUUGCCUCAACACACCUGCCUAGAAGUUUCUAGCCUAUAGUAAGACCUUGAUUAGCUGGUUCAGGUAUGUUUAAUUAUGGUUGGAGCUAAACUCUGCAGGACAAUGGCCCUCCAGGACAGAGUUUGGACACCCCUGCUCUACACCAUGUGGAUGUGCUUGACUGGCCUGCCUGCAGUUCAGAUCUCCUAUUGAAAAUGAAUGGCCCCUCAUGAAAUGGAGAACCGGACAACGAGAUUGGGAAAAAAAUCCACUUGCAAAACUGCAACAAUUGAUUAAAAGUGUAAUUAAAAAGGUGAUGUGACAGUGGCAAACAUGCCUCUGUCCCAACUUUUUUGGAGUGUGUUGCUGCCAUCAAAAUCUCUUAACCAGUCACAGUUUUAGCUAGGGCUGAAAUAUUAUUAAAUCAUCUAAUGUUAACAUGCAUUUUUUAAGCCAAAUCACCACUGUCACAUAAAGUAGGAUAAGGAGUCGGGCAUUAUGGGAGAUGGAGGGGGUCUUGCAGGACCAUGAUCCAGCACUGGUGUUGUAGUGUCCACUUGAUACACUGAUUGUGUGUUUCUAUUAACUGAAUGAACAUAACAGCGGGCUGAUGCGGAGGCCCAGAGCAGCCGGUGAGCGCGCACGCCACUGCCUCCAACAGUUUCCUGUAGCAGUUUAUCAUUCUUUUUUCGGAGCAAGCAAAAAAGUGAAGAAGUGAUCAACGCAGAGAGAAACUCCCUUAAAGUAGACAGUCUCAUAUGGUACAAACCCACAGCCGUUAAAAAAAGAGCCAGCAGCGCGAGCGGGGGACGGGAUGAGUCACUCGCGAGGCGUCGUCGGCCCGCUUUGAUCAGCCGCGGUUGGGGUCUCGCGCUGUAAAAUAUUUGAACAAGACGAAUAGCCGGUGAGUCACGGUAACGGCUCUAGAGCUAAGUGUGUUGUGUUUCUAAAAAUAUCCUGAUAGAUUCAAUAAAAUGAUAAAAAGGAAUUGCAAUAUAACUUUAAUAAUAUUUGAGAUUUUAGCUCAUUUUUUGUUUUACAGUCAUUUAAGUCGCACACUACUAAAACGACUGUAUUCGCCUCUUGAAGAAGGAAAAGGGAACAAUUAGGGACGAAAAUAGAUAACAAAAUGUGAGUAAAAAACUAAUGAAUAAACAACAGACUACAUAUAAAACUUACAAAAAGUAGGCUAUAGAUUUAAAAAGCUAGUUAUAGCUAUGUGAAAUGGACAAAGAACAUUGUGUUUGAAUAAUUUACACUUGUUAGUUUUUAUUUAAAUUAAUAAUCUUUGGUACAAAUUCCACUGUUUUCUGUAUUCCAAACAUUGGGUGCACCAAAUCUGAAAGCAGAGCGGAAAAAGAGUUUUUGUUUUGGAAGCAUUUAGAAGGAUGCAAAUAGCUUGUUAAGUAACAUUGAGAUAUUCGUCAAAUAAGCUGGUUGUCAGACCAAACACACUUUUGUUAAAAAAUGUAUGCCCGUGAAGUUCUUGCUUGCUAUUUAAAGAUGAGCAGUUUAUAUUCGAGAGUUUUAUUGAUGAUAAUAAUGAAUAAUAAUAACAAUAAUUUUAGUAUUGAUUUUUUGUCUUCAGUUAAAUUGAUCUAUUUUCUCCUGUUGAAAGCAGUCAAAAAUUACGUUGUUAAAUGUUUUGUGUUCCACUGUCCCAUUCUUUCUCGCGCGCGCUGCUGUGCUUAGGACCGAAACAAAAGCUGCGCGCGGGGAGGAAAAGAGGAAAGGAUCUUGUGACGUCGGGAAGACUCAGUCACACACACACUCCUCCUCCUCCUCCUCUCUCUCUUUUUCUCAGUGUAAAUACCAUCUCCACCAGAUGAGCGGACGCACUGGAUGUUUCUGUAUAACAUCACAGAAGCUAUUCAGCUGGCUGAUAUAGAUGUUUUGUUGUUUUUGUUUGCAUGUUUUGUUUUGUUUUGUUUUAAGUGAUAUUAUUAUUGGAUUUCAGCACUCGGCUUCUAUAUCUUUCGCGACCCGUUCUGCUAUCAGAGAGCCUCAAAACUGAGGAAGAGGCAGGUCUUCUCGACAACUCCAACCCUAAACCUCACCCCUGGAUAUGACAAAGAUUCCUGGAGUCAGGGGGGAAAUACCACAGAGGAGCCACAUAUAGUAAGACUGGACUGUACCGCGCGAGGGGCGGAAUGGUGUUGUGGAAAGGACUCCUUAACAUUCUUCAAUGUGCACCCUGGUUGCGAUAGAGAGAACAGAAACACACCAAGACCUGCUGCAGCAACACAGAGGGUAAUACACGCAGACAACAGGGGACAUUUUCCUCGUCAAACCGCGUUAAGAUGCGCUGUUCUUCAGCACGCGAGCGGGCGCAUGCCAUGCUGUAGCGCUGCGCAGCCAAAUGGCACGAGCCAGCGCGACCGAAUCGCUCUGACGUUCGCGGAGGACAAGACGUAUGAUGAUGAGCGGCAGCUGCCGUGGGACUAGUCUGCUUGUCCCGAUGCGUUCUUCACUUUCCAUUCGGUUCGCCUUCACUCUUCAUUGCACACACAUGCUAGUAUUCUUUCUCUCAGUUUUGGGAACGCGUAUAGGCAAAUAGAACCGCGUCUGGCGUGGGAACAAUGGAGUUGUCAGAGGUUCGCUGUUCCAGCGCGAGCGAGGAGCUGUACACCAUCAACAAAACCCCCAGUAACAACAACGGGAACCGACCGAAGCGCCUGCUGUGGCAGAAUGCCGUGCGACACAUCACCGAGCAGCGCUUCAUUCACGAACACAGCCCGAAACCCGUCUCACCGGACGAGCCACACGCGCAGGGCUCGCGCAAACAUUCCGCCGGCAGGACGUCGGUGAGCGACCGGCACAACAACGGCGGCACUAAAGUCUUCCCCGAACGCUCGAGCAGUGACCUGGGUUUCCUGCAGAUCGACUGCGCGCCCAGCAACUCAGACUUCUUCCUGAGCUGGGGCUACACGUACCGCGGGGUCAUCUUCCCCACGCUGCGCUACGCCUUCAAGUCCAGGGACCUCGAGCGCCUGUACCAGCGCUACUUCCUGGGCCAGCGACGGAAGUCCGUGGUGGUCAUGAACAUUCUGGACGUGGUGACCAAGCUGACACUGCUCGUGCUGCACCUGACCCUGGCGUCCACGCCGAUGGACCCGAUCAAAGGAAUGCUGCUCGGCUUCUUCACGGGCAUCGAGGUGGUCAUCUGCGCUUUGGUUGUGGUGCGCAAGGACACGAGCUCGCACGGUUACCUGCAGUACAGCGGCGCGGUGACCUGGGUCGCCAUGGCCACGCAGAUCCUCGCGACGGGACUGGGCUACGGCUUGCUCGGGGAUGGGAUAGGGUACGUGCUCUUCACGCUCUUUGCCACCUACAGCAUGCUGCCGCUGCCUCUCACCUGGGCCAUCGUGGCGGGACUGCUGACCUCCGCGCUGCACAUCGCGCUCCAGCUGCUGGUGCCCCCUCGAGCGCAGAUCCCCACGAAUCAGCUGUUAGCUCAGGUGCUGCUGUUCUUAUGUAUAAACACUGCAGGGAUGUUUAUCAGCUACCUGUCAGACCGCGCCCAGCGACAGGCCUUUCUGGAGACACGCAGGUGCAUCGAGGCACGUCUCCGCCUGGAGACGGAGAACCAGCGACAGGAGCGUCUGGUGUUGUCGGUGCUGCCACGCUUUGUAGUGCUGGAGAUGAUUAACGACAUGACCAACGUGGAGGACGAGACCCUACAGCACCAGUUUCACCGUAUCUACAUUCACCGCUAUGAGAACGUGAGUAUUCUCUUUGCUGACGUGAAGGGCUUCACCAAUCUUUCCACCACACUCUCCGCUCAGGAACUCGUUCGAAUGCUCAACGAACUCUUUGCACGCUUUGACCGACUGGCACACGAGCAUCAUUGUCUGAGGAUCAAGAUACUGGGGGAUUGUUAUUAUUGUGUUUCUGGCCUUCCAGAGCCUCGACCGGAUCAUGCCCACUGCUGUGUUGAGAUGGGCCUCAGCAUGAUCAAAACCAUCAGGUAUGUGCGUUCACGUACAAAGCAUGACAUAGACAUGCGUAUUGGCAUCCACUCUGGCUCGGUUUUAUGUGGAGUUCUCGGUUUGCGGAAAUGGCAAUUCGACGUCUGGUCUUGGGAUGUUGACAUAGCCAACAAACUGGAGUCAGGGGGAAUACCUGGGAGGAUCCACAUCUCUAAAGCGGCUCUAGACUGUCUGAACGGUGAUUAUGAGGUGGAGGAGGGUCACGGUAAGGACCGUAACGACUUCCUGCGCAGACAUAACAUCGAGACCUUCUUGAUUAAGCAGCCAGAGGAGAGCUUGCUCACACUGCCUGAGGACAUCAUGAGAGAUUCCACCAACCAAUCAGAUCACAGAACCUCUAACACUUCCUUCACGGAGGGAACAUGGAGCCCUGAACUUCCCUUCCAUAACAUAGUGGGCAAACAGAAUACUCUGGCUGCGCUCACACGUCACUCCAUUAACCUGCUCCCCAACCACCUGGCUCAAGCCCUGCAUGUGCGCGCCGGCUCACAGGAAAUUAACGCUCGCAUGCAGAGCGCCAUCGCCCUGCGCAGCGGGGACAAGCUCCGCCAAGAACAUAUCUCCCCCUUCUCUCUCACCUUUAGAGAAGCACUGCUGGAGCACAAGUAUUCCCAGAUGAGAGAUGAGGUGUUUAAGUCUAAUCUAGUGUGUGCCUUCAUUGUUCUCUUCUUCAUCACUGGAAUACAGAGCUUACUUCCCUCUGCAAGGAUGGUCACUAUGGUGAUACAGUUCUCCGUCCUCAUCUUGCUGCACUGUUGCCUUGUUGUUGUGACAACGGCGGAGGACUAUAAGUGUUUGCCGCUGGUUUUGCGAAAAGCGUGUUGCUGGGUGAACGAAACGUACGCUGCACGGAACGUCGUCAUCUUCCUCUCCAUCCUCAUCAACUUCCUGGCUGCCAUGAUCAACAUACUUUGGUGUGAUUUCGAUAAAUCGGUCUCAUUCAGGAACCAGACGUUUAAUGCAUCUGCCUCAAUCCCAGAUAUCUGCUUCUACCCAGAGUAUUUCGUGUUUACUGGAGUGUUGGCGAUGGUGACCUGUGCAGUGUUCCUCAGACUGAACUCGGUUCUGAAGUUGGCCAUCCUGCUGAUCAUGAUCGCUAUCUACGCAGUGCUGACCGAGGCCUUCUACACACCACUGUUCAUCCGCUAUGACACACUUACACUCAAUCAGAGCAAAAGCUUCCUGGGAACCAAGGAAACAUCUCUGCUUCUCAUGGCGAUGUUCCUUUUAGCUGUGUUCUACCACGGCCAACAGCUGGAGUACACUGCUCGUCUGGACUUCCUAUGGCGUGUACAGGCGAAGGAAGAGAUAAAUGAGAUGCGAGAGCUGCGUGAACACAAUGAGAACAUGCUCCGGAACAUUCUCCCCAGCCAUGUCGCACGCCACUUCCUGGAGAAAGACAGAGACAAUGAGAUAUCAGCCUUAUCAGAUGCAUCUGUUCUGACUCCCACUUAUGAGGAGCUCUACUCGCAAUCAUAUGACACAGUGGGAGUGAUGUUCGCCUCCAUUCCGGGCUUUGCAGAUUUUUACUCACAGACAGAGAUGAAUAAUCAGGGUGUGGAGUGUUUGCGGCUGCUCAACGAGAUCAUCGCUGAUUUUGAUGAGCUGCUGGGGGAGGAGCGUUUUCAGGACAUCGAGAAGAUAAAGACCAUUGGCAGCACGUACAUGGCUGUGUCAGGACUGUCUCCUGAGAAACAAGUAUGGCACAUGGCUCUGUGGUGGCUGGAGUGAUUGGCGCUAAAAAGCCGCAGUAUGAUAUUUGGGGGAAGACAGUCAAUCUGGCAAGUCGUAUGGACAGCACAGGAGUCAGCGGCAAGAUCCAGCUCCCAGAGGAGACCUACGCCAUCCUGAACGAGCGCGGCUUUGCCUUCGAGUACCGAGGCGAGAUCUACGUGAAGGGCAUCAGCGAACAGGAAGGCAAGAUCCGCACACACUUCCUGAUGGGCC